GUGUGUAUUGUUAACUUAAAAUUGUAUUAUUUCAUCAGCUCUCUUCAUUGUAUAAUUAAAUCUGUAAAUUUUCAAUAAUUCAAAAUGUCUGGAAAGAAAGUAAUUUUGGUCACUGGGGGUUCAGGCCUUGUAGGUAAUGGUGUCAGGACUGCAGCUGAGAGAAACCCACAACCAAAUGAAGAAUUUGUUUUUCUGACAUCUAAAGAUGGAGAUUUGACCGAUCGGGAAUCAACCAAGGCGAUUUUUGAAAAGUACAAGCCAACUCAUGUUAUUCAUCUUGCUGCCAAAGUUGGCGGACUAUACGGCAACAUGAGAGCUAAUUUGCAAUUCUUCAGAAUCAAUAUGAAGAUCAACGAUAAUGUACUAUCUUUGGCUCAUGAAUUUGGAUGCAAAAAAGUAGUUUCCUGUCUCUCAACUUGUAUUUUUCCUGACAAAACUACAUACCCAAUCGAUGAAACCAUGGUUCAUAAUGGACCUCCUCAUAACUCCAAUUUUGGUUAUUCAUAUGCCAAACGCAUGAUUGAUGUAAUGAACAAGGGAUUCAACGAGCAAUACGGAACUUGCUUUACCUCCGUUGUUCCGACAAACGUAUAUGGGCCAUUCGACAAUUUCAAUCUUGAAGAGGGUCAUGUUAUGCCUGGUCUUAUUCAUAAAAUCUACAAAUGCAAAAGAGAUAAAACCCCUCUGACAAUUUGGGGAACUGGAAGCGCUCUUCGUCAGUUCAUAUACUCUGUUGAUCUAGGAAGUCUAUUCUUAUGGGUUCUCCGCAAUUACAAUGAAACUGAACCAAUCAUUCUUUCAGUGUCUGAAGAAGAUGAGAUAUCGAUCAAAAGGGCGGCUGAACUUGUUGCAAAAGGCUACGAUUUUGAAGGAGAGUUUGUGUACGAUACUACUCGUUCAGAUGGGCAACAUAAGAAAACAGCAAGCAACAAAAAACUUCUGAAACUGUAUCCUGAAUUCAAGUUCACUCCAAUUGAUGAGGCGAUUCGUGAAACUUGCCAAUGGUUCGAGGCAAACUAUGAAACAGCAAGAAAAUAGGAUCAGGAUGCAGUACUAUUUCAUUCCAAUGUGCCUUUAUGCAUGAAUAUAAUUUAGUCUAUUAGUCUUAGAUAUUAGAAGUAGAUCGUUGUUUAAGUUUUGCAAUUUUCUAUACUAAUAUAUUCUAAUUAUGCUUGCAUUAUAAAACUGUCAUCUACUGGUGUUAUAACAACCGUUAGUUAUAUUUGCAUGUUAUGUGGUGCCAUUAUUGAAGCUGUAUAUUUAUUUGUUAACUUAUUAUUAUUGUCACUGAAGACCUUUUAAUAAAUAGUUGCUAAAUUGUUUGUUUUCCAUUACCUACUAUUGAUGUUUUUUUCAGAAUGAUUUGUAAAUUGUUAAGGCUGUGACAUGGUCAUACAUUGAAAACCUACUUGAAUUUGUCAAGGCAGUUAUAUUCGGAUCUGCUGAUGUCAAUUUUAGCAAUCUCAGUGGUUCUCGAACUCAUUUCCAUCAAUUAUUUUUUGCGCCAUGUUUAAAAAUAAUAAAGCCAUGAAAGCAAGAAAAUAAAUGCAUUUUGCCAAAGAAUUAAACAAAUCUGAGUCCAGGCUUUGUAAUUUGAUAUAAUCACAGCGAAGGUGCUUGCUUUUGAACACCAGAGAAUCUUAUCGUACCCCCCCUCCUGAGAAACUCUGAGCUGGUUAUUUAUGCAAUUCAUAUUCGGUAUGAAUAUGAAUCCACACACAUAAUGCUUAUCUUAUUUGAUAUCGUCAAUGCAAAACACAAUAUACGGUAAUUGAACGUCUGCUUAGUGUAAGGCAGUACCAUUAUUUUAGUGGUAAUAUUACUGUUAUACAGAUCCAUUUGAUAAUCUUAAAAUAUAUGUAAGUAUUGUA